AGAGAGAGAGAGAGAGGGAGGGAGAAGAGAGGAGAGAGAGAAGAGAGGAGAGAGACAGGACGAGUUUGGGAUGAGGGGUAAAAAAGAGAAAGAGACUAUGAAGAAGGAAGACUGCAGAGGAAGAAAGUGAGCGCUCAAGAAGGACAAAGAGGAGUGGUUGGGGGGUGGGGGUGGAGGCAGGGCGGGGAAGGGAGUCACCGCCCCUCCUGGCCGCAGGCUUUCCUUCAGAUCCCUCUGUGAUGCUACUGUUUGCAGUGAUGCUCGGAGGGCAGGCACCUGCUGCUCUGUAAUGAUUCAGCCUCUUUCAGCCGUCGCGUUAACACAACAGGAUGCUGUUGCUACUGUCACUGCUGCCUCUCCUGCCGCCGCCGCUGCUGCCGCCGCCGCCGCCGCCGCUGGUCCUGCUUUUGCUUUUACUUCUCCUGCAUGACACUUGUUUUCUUCAUCUCAGCACACACCAGCUUCAGAUGCUUGAGGUGAGACACAUGCCUUUCAGUUUGGGCUACUGGUUUACUUAAUUAGCCAGCCAUCAUCGGCUCCGAUUCUGUUUUGGCCCCUCCUGAUCAGCCGGGAUGGUUUGCAGAAGCAUUUAAAAGAACUGGAAAAGUGGCCCAGAAACAACAGCUAAAGAAUUAUUACAAAUCUACUUUUAUCUUGUAGUUGCCAGAAGCUUUUCUUUCUUUUUUCUUUUCUUUUUUUUUCCUCUAUUCUUCCAACUGAACUCCUCUCGCUUUUGAUAAUGGCCUUGGACUUGGACGACUUAUCGAUUUCCCCCUCUAAGAUGCUGUCUCAUUUGGUUGGGGGGGGCUCUGCAUGGUAAUGGACCGUGAGAGAGGCCAGGCCUUCUGGAGGUGAGCUGAUGGAGAUUUAUUCCCCAGACAUGUCUGAGGUGCCUCCUGUGAGGUCCUCUAGCCCCUCCACUCAGCUGAGUGCAGACCCAUCUCUGGAUGGGCUUCCGGCAGCUGAAGACAUGCCAGAGACCCAGACUGAAGAUGGGAGAACCCCUGGACUUGUGGGCCUUGCCGUGCCCUGCUGUGUGUGCCUGGAAGCCGAUCGCCUGAGAGGUUGCCUCAACUCAGAGAAAAUCUGCAUUGUCCCCAUUCUGGCUUGCCUGGUCAGCCUCUGCCUCUGCAUUGCUGGCCUCAAGUGGGUGUUCGUGGACAAGAUAUUUGAGUACGACUCUCCUACUCACCUUGACCCUGGGGGCUUAGGCCAGGACCCUAUUAUUUCUCUGGAUCCAACUGCUGCCUCAGCUGUGUGGGUAUCGUCUAAGGCAUACACUUCACCUGUCUCUAGGGCUCAAUCUGAAACUGAGGUUCAAGUUACAGUGCAAGUUGGCAACACUGCUGGGUCCUCUGAACCUUCAGCAGCACCAACCCCGAAGAAUCGUAUUUUUGCUUUUUCUCUCCUGCCAUCCACUGCACCGCCCUUCCCUUCAACCACUCGGAACCCCGAGGUGAGAACACCCAAGUCAGCAACUCAGCCACAAACAACAGAAACUAAUCUCCAAACUGCUCCUAAACUUUCCACGUCUACAUCUACCACCGGGACCAGCCAUCUUGUAAAGUGUGCAGAGAAGGAGAAAACGUUUUGUGUCAAUGGAGGCGAGUGCUUCAUGGUGAAAGACCUUUCGAAUCCCUCAAGAUACUUGUGCAAGUGCCCAAAUGAGUUUACUGGUGAUCGCUGCCAAAACUACGUAAUGGCCAGCUUCUACAAGCAUCUUGGGAUUGAAUUUAUGGAAGCGGAGGAGCUCUACCAGAAGAGAGUGCUGACCAUAAGCGGCAUCUGCAUCGCCCUGCUGGUGGUCGGCAUCAUGUGUGUGGUGGCCUACUGCAAAACCAAGAAACAGCGGAAAAAGCUUCAUGACCGGCUUCGACAGAGUCUUCGUUCUGAAAGGAACAACAUGGUGAACAUAGCCAAUGGGCCUCACCAUCCUAAUCCACCCCCGGAGAACGUGCAGCUGGUGAAUCAAUACGUAUCUAAAAACGUCAUAUCUAGCGAGCAUAUUGUUGAGAGAGAAGCUGAGACGUCUUUUUCCACUAGUCAUUAUACCUCGACGGCUCAUCACUCCACAACUGUCACCCAGACUCCUAGCCACAGCUGGAGCAACGGGCACACAGAAAGCAUCCUGUCGGAAAGCCAUUCUGUAAUCAUGACGUCGUCAGUAGAAAACAGUAGGCACAGCAGCCCAACGGGGGGCCCAAGAGGACGUCUUAAUGGCAUAGGAGGCCCUCGCGAGUGUAACAGCUUCCUCAGGCAUGCCAGAGAAACCCCUGACUCCUACCGAGACUCUCCUCAUAGCGAAAGGUAUGUAUCAGCCAUGACCACCCCGGCGCGUAUGUCACCUGUAGAUUUCCACACGCCAAGCUCCCCCAAAUCGCCCCCUUCGGAAAUGUCACCACCCGCAUCCAGCAUGACGGUGUCCAUGCCCUCCAUGGCAGUCAGCCCCUUCGUGGAAGAAGAGAGACCUCUGCUCCUUGUGACUCCACCCAGGCUGCGGGAGAAGAAGUAUGAACACCACGCUCAGCAGUUCAACACCUUCCAUCACAACCCUGCGCAUGAGAGUAACAGCCUCCCCCCAAGCCCCUUGAGGAUAGUGGAGGACGAGGAGUAUGAAACGACCCAGGAGUAUGAGCCAGCUCAAGAGCCUGUUAAGAAACUCGCCAAUAGCCGGCGGGCCAAAAGAACCAAGCCCAAUGGCCACAUUGCCAACAGGUUGGAAAUGGACAGCAACACAAGCUCUGAGAACAGUAACUCAGAGAGUGAAACAGAAGAUGAAAGAGUAGGUGAAGAUACACCUUUCCUGGGCAUACAGAACCCCCUGGCAGCCAGUCUUGAGGCAGCACCUGCCUUCCGCCUGGCUGACAAUAGGACUAACCCAGCAGGCCGCUUCUCGACGCAGGAAGAGUUACAGGCCAGGCUGUCUAGUGUAAUUGCUAACCAAGACCCUAUUGCUGUAUAAAACCUAAAUAUACACAUAGAUUCACCUGUAAAACUUUAUUUUAUAUAAUAAAGUAUUCCACCUUAAAUUAAACAAUUUAUUUUAUUUUAGCAGUUCUGCAAAUAGAAAACAGGAAAAAAAAACUUUUAUAAAUUAAAUAUAUGUAUGUAAAAAUGUGUUAUGUGCCAUAUGUAGCAAUUUUUUACAGUAUUUCAAAAUGAGAAAGAUAUCAAUGGUGCCUUUAUGUUAUGUUAUGUCGAGAGCAAGUUUUGUACAGUUACAGUGAUUGCUUUUCCACAGUAUUUCAGCAAAACCCUCCCACAUAUUCAGUUUUUGCUGGCUUCUUGUGCAUUGCAUUAUGAUGUUGACUGGAUGUAUGAUUUUCAAGACUUGCAACUGUCCCUCUGUUUGCUUGUAGUAACACCCAAUCAGUAUGUCUUGUAAUGGCACAUCCAUUCAAAUACUCUUCUCUUUUGUAUGAAGUUUUCUUUGCUUUCAGAAUAUGAAAUGAGUUCGUCUACUCUGUCAGCCAAAGGUUUGCUUCAUUGGGCUCUGAGAUAAUAGUAGAUCCAACAGCAUGCUACUAUUAAAUACAGCAGGAAACUGCAUUAAGUAAUGUUAAAUAUUAGGAAGAAAGUAAUACUGUGAUUUAAAAAAAAACUAUAUUACUAUUCAGAAGACAGCUUGCUCUUGCUAAAAGGAGCUGCCAUUUCCUUUAUUUUAAUUUAUUUUUCUGGACAAAAAGCAAGAGUUUUAGGCAUAGCUUAGAGAAUGGGUUCUGGCUUGCUAUCAGGAUAAAUAUAACACCUUAGAAGAGGACUUUGUUUUACUUUCUCUCUGGGGGAAUGUUCCAGCGCUCAUCUAUUUGAGCAACAAACCACAACCAAUAAAGGUGCAAUCAUUUCUGAAUUGUAUUUUUUCACUGAUUUGGGAGCUACUGCAUGGCUGUGUCAUGGUACUAAAAGCCCAGCCCAAACAGCAUACUCAGCAGUGUGUCUGACAUGCUUCUAGAGUGAAAUGUGCCUCUGUAAAAUGCAGGCUUGUCAUCAGAGGAAAAAAUGUUUCCAUCAUAGUGUUUGGAAGGAAAUUAAUGUAUAGAAGACCCAGGUGGAGCAGCCAUGUGACUUGGUUGACAUUUUAAAUUUGGUUGACCACUUCUUUCUCCCAUUCUGUCUCUCUUGUUUUUCAACGCCGCCUUGAUUAGAUCAUAACUAUGCAUGAACAUAUUUUUUUGUCAGGAAUGGCCAAUGUGCAUGUUUUGUGAUUAGUAAGACUCUUCCACAAAUGCUGACUCAUCAGGAAGUGUCAAUAGUGUUGAAAAGAUUGCACCUUUACUUGAAGAAGUGAUCCCCCACUGUGUACUGACCUCUCUAUUUACAUUCUCUGCCACCCUUUCCCCCCUCUUGAUUUUUGUUUUACUGUCACAAAAGCAGGACUCAGGUUGUUCUAAACCUGUUCUCUCGUGAUCAUCUUAAAUCCAAUGAAAGCCUAUAGGUAUUAACAUUUGAAAUAACUGUUAAUUCAGGAAAUAAGAAAAAAAAUUUUUUAAAUGCCGAACCCACUGUAUGCCCUGCCUGGUAUCUGACAAAUCAGGGCUGGAGCUUUACUUAGGUUCCAUGUGGCCUCCUAGGAGUCAUGGGAAAAAAUGGGAAAUAGUUUAACAGGGGGUUCACAAAGUCCAUGAGAGUACUCAACUUCUUCUUUGCAGAUGUACUGAAUCUUCUUCUUUAUGUAUGUUACAAAUAAAGGGAAGAAAUGACAUGCAAGUAGGUCUUAGAAGAAAAAUGUAGGCUAGGCAUGAGUCAGUGUCGUUAGACUCCUAUGUGUUUCUACAAUCCACAGAGGUGCUUGUCUGCAGGUCCUUGAAGUUAGUCUUAGUAUUUGGUAUUCCAGUUUUCCUGCCAUUGUUCACAUGCCACUUUCUCUGUGCUCCACAUUGUGCCCAUUUGCUUUUUAACCUACAUGGGAGAGCCCUUGUUAGGUCAUACUCAUUUCCCAGUUUUCUAAAAUGAGUUAGAUCAUGGCAUGGGGAUAAAGUCCAGUUUCAAGAGGUUGUCUAAACUCUUUUAACAUGGCCUUGGAAGGCUUUGACUCACUCCUCAACAUUUCAAUAAAGAAAUUCCUACUGUUAUUUAGAAACCUUACAUAUUCUGUUUCCAAUUUUUUGGUCAUUAGGGAGUUCAGAGGUCCCAUUGUGAGAAAUUUCAAGAACAAAUAGAAUCUUCUGAUGAGAACAAUGAAUAACACAUUUCUUCAGUUUGAGAAUUUCUACAAAUUUGGAAACUGUAAAUAUACAUGAAAUUUUAUUUCCAAUCUGACUUUGUUACUCAUAGAGAUAUGGCUCGUGUGAGGUGAGACCACCUUUGCUCCAGGGAACAAGAGUAUUCCAUAAUAAGAAAGGCCAGUUGACCACUCAGGGCUACCUGCUACAACCACCCAAUUUAUGUUCACAGGGACAUUUCUGAUACUUCAGUGCCACAUCACUCUCAACCAUUUCUGUUUAUAAAUUCAGGCAGUUCAGUGGCAGUCCAAAGGAGUGUAAACCUAUAUUCCCAGAAUGUGGAAAGCUGUCUUGGGUUUAAAGUAGUGGAAAUGGCCCAGAAGUUUGACAUUAACUUUCUUUCCUGGGUCUGGAGUCAUAUCCCACCGAGGGGUAUGCAGUGGAAUAUAGUAUAUACAAAACUCCUUUUUGUUUUCACUCAAGAUUCAUUUUCUGUACUGUUUUCUCUUCUUUUCUUUCCCCUCCCUUCCUCCCCCUCUUCCUCUCUCACUCCCCCUCCCUCUCCCGAUCCCCCACCUCUCCCCGCUUCUUUUUUUCUCCCAAAGAAUACCUGGUAGACAGCCUUCUGCUUUCUACAAAUGGUACUCUAUGUGGGUGACUGUGUCCCAAACAGCAAUAUGCCAUCUCUUUCUUUUUUCAGUGUGACUAUCUUGAUGGAGGUGGAGUUGAUCCUGGGUAACUUGCUCAGUAGCAAUUUCUUUCUUUCUUUUCUCUUCUUUUUUCUUUCUUUCUUUUCUUUUUUUUUUUUUGGUCUGAGGUUGAAAGGUAUAUGGCUCACAUUGGUGAAAAUUAGGAAGGCAUGGUCUUAUCUUUUAGUACUGGCUGCAUUCCAAAAGCCACAGAGUUUUCUAUCCACAAAGAUCCAUGAAACAUUGCAGAGAAUUGCAGACAAAAAGGAAAUGGUCACAUAUCACAAUUUCUAUUAUACGUUCACUUGUAAAUACAUAUGUACAUUACUUGGAUGUUUUAUUAAAUCAUUUAUUGUCUUUAUGAGUUAAUGUCAGUUUUUACUCUCUCAACUUACUGUGUAACAUUGUAAAUAACAUAAUGUCCUUUAUUAUUUAUAUUUAAGCAUCUAACAUAGAGAAUUGUUUUCAUAUAAGUUUAAGAUAAAUGUCAAUAUAUAUGGUUUUUUUUGUUUUUCUUUGCUUUAAAAUUAUGUACUUUUUCCUUUUUUAAAAAAAGAAUAAUUUAUUGUUCAGGAGAAAGAAUGUAUAUGUAAUUGAAAAUAUUUGAAGAAUGCACAUUUGAAGGCCGUGAGGUACUGAUGAACUAAAGAAUUUAUUAUCCAAAAUACUAAGCAAUAAGUAAUUGUGAUUUAUUUAAAGUUUUGUUCAUUUCCCAAGAAAGUCAUACUGCAAUAAAAAUAUGCUACUCUGUGGAGACUUGGGCGUGUUGCUCAGCAGACUAAUGUUUCAGUCUGUUAGACCAGCACCUUUUGUCUUACUUCGACAAUUGUACUAACUUAGGAAUGAAUGUAUUCCAUAGACCCCAUGACCAUCUUGUCUGUCUGUUGCUUUUACUGCACUGCCUGUCCUGGAAUCAUCUGCCUCCUGACUCUGUUUACCACUUUCUUCCUUGCUGAAGGGGCCACACAACUGAGCAAUAUGACAUUUCUUUCUCUUCCCACAUCUACCCCACUACCACCACCAUAUACAAUAACAUCAGAGAGAAACAUUUUAGGGCAUGACUGUCUGCAUUUCAGUUGUUAAGAUGUUCUGUCAUGACAGCCACAAACUUCUUCAGAUUGAUGUGAAAAUGACAACAUGCCAAUUCCAUCUAAUCAUAAAAUGAAAAAAAAAAAACAAAGAUGCUAUCCUGAUUUAAUGAUUCAAAUAGUGCAGUGGACUAAAACACAGUCAUGCUAAGUUAACCUUCACUAUAGUUUUAGUAAAUUUACUUUCCAUCAGGUCCACAAUUGAUCAAUUCACAGUUUUUAAAAAUCGAUAAGGCUGGAAUGAGUUUAUGCCCCUCAUUCUACCAAUGAAAUAGGUCCAACUGACGCUCAUCUUACUGCUCAGGGAGAGGUCUAUGCAUGAAAUAUAUCUCCCAUUCUAAAAAGACUCAUCAUUGAAAAGAAUACAUUACUUUUCUUAUUGAAAUAAUCUAAACAAAAGCCAUAUUUUAACAAAUAGAUAUUUAUGUGGUACUUUUUAUAUAUUUCAAGAAUUUUACUCAUUUUCUCAGAUUUGAGAGCUUUAGAAGGAUACAGAGUAGAGGUCAGCAAUACUCUGGGGUAUUUCAAGGUCUCCUUUAGAUGUUGAACAUAACCUGAAACUUCCCAUGUAUGUCUGCCUCCAUAUAUGUACACAGUUCCUCUUAUCUAAUAAUAGCUCCAUUGUUAUUAUUUCCAAAUAGUUUGGAUAUUUAGGAGAUUUAAAUUGUAGACUUUAACUAUGCUGUUCUGAAGUCACAAAUUAAUUCACUUGUCCACCAGUCAUUUGGCCAAUCAACCAUGCAGCAGAUGAAAGAAUGCACAGAAUAUUUAAAAAUUAAUAAUUGCAACACUCUCCUCUGUUAAUUCUGAGGCUUUGCCCAACCCGCCAAAUUGAAAACUACAAGCAGCUAUGUUAGCAAUUUAUUUUAAAAUUGCUCAGCAAAGCUAUUAUGAUAUUUGAGGCAGAAGUAUGUGUGAAGGAGGGUUGUAUGGAAAGAAUGAAGAUUCACAUCUUUGUCAAAUUAAAUAACUGGUUAAUUAUUACAAUUGUCCACUCAUAAUUGACUGUUGAAUGUCAAACGCAGACCAACCCUGUAAACUGAAAAGUUAUCUGUCUUUCCAACAAACCAUUAUAUUUCUUUGGUCUCUGUCCUGAUAAUGAAUGGCCAAAGGAUUUGAUGUCAGGAAUUUGGAGUUAAGUAUAUCAGGUCUGAAUUCCAGAGACUUAAGAUGCUGAAAAGAGUGGAAAUGUUUGAUGAUUUAGAAUCACUUUGCUCUCUGUCUCCAGGCUUGUCUACUGUGAAACCAAAGUAAUAAACUAAAUUUAUGGAACAUAUUACAUUAAAAGAUUAAUUUAGGGGCUGGUAUUGUGACUCAAUGGUAGAACGCUUGCCUAGCACAUGCGAGAUCCUCAGCACCACAUAAAAAUAAAUAAAUAAAAUAAAGGUAUUGUGUCCAACUACAACUAAAAAAUAAAUAUUUAUAAAAACAGAUUAAUGUAGGAAAUAGAAAUGCUUUCAGCUUAUGAAAGAUAAAACCUUUCUAUUACAGGAAAUUGCAAGAUUUCCAAUCUUUAAGGUUGUUGUUGCAUAGGGUAGUCACAUCCUCCUUGAAUAUUAUUACGGCUCCUGUUGACAUUCUGGUACCACAAUUGCUGGACCUUUCCAGUUAGAUAUUGGUUUUGAAAUCAUUUUAAUUAAGUUUAAAUACCUCAUCCACCAUAGAGAAGGGAUUUUGUAAUCCAUCAUGAUCUUCCCUAUCCUUUUUAAACAGAGCAGGGGAAGGAGACCAGUAAUUCUUAAAGAGGAGAUGGAGAAUGAGUAAUAGUUCUACCUAGCAUCUUUUUCUAGCACUUGUCUUUCAAAUGGACUUAUUAAUAGAGGAGAAGACAUCUCUUCCCACUACACAACAUGCCAAAAAGACUAAAGAAUUACCUCUACAGAUUUAAACAUCUUUUUAAUGGCUUAUGCUAGAUUAGUUCAUAUACAAGAAAUGAACUGUUAAACAUAAAUAAUGUUUUAUGAUAUUUUAAGGCUAAAAACAUUCUUCAUUUCUUUUUUACUCUCUUUAUGUCUUGAUAAAAUAAAUGAAGAAAAUUUAAGCUCAGAGAGAUUAAAAAUUCUUUCUUGGAGCUACACAUCUAGUGAAUCACAAAGAUAGUUUUUGUGUCAGACUUUUGGACAAUAAUUUAAGGUUCCAUUAAGCUCCUCCCCUAUCCUAAGCAUGAACAGAUCUUUCUUUUUCAGCUUUCUUUCAAAAACAGUAUAAGUUGUAUCUAAAACUAUGUUUCUUUGGGGAAGAACAUUAGCCCUUCAAGCUUCGGUUUAGAAAUAUUCUGGAACCCAAUUUGCUUAUUUUAGUGACUUCAUGAAUCUCCCCCCUUAACUCAGUUUUCUAAGGAAAUAAAGUAUAGCCAUGAGGAUAGGUUCAUAAUUUCAAUAUGGAGUUUGCAUCCUCUAAUGAAAAGAGAAGGGACCUACUGGUCAGAUUUCUGUCCUUACCCCUUAGCAAAUUUGUGAAUUUGGGCAAUUUUCUCCUUCAAUUUAUUUCCUGGUCUCUGACUAAAAGCCUGUGGUUACACAGCGGAUGAACUGUGAGAACAUGUAAAGAAACUAGAAAAUGUCUAACACAGAGUAAAUAUUCAACAGCCUUCCAUUUACUCCUUCUCCUUCAAACUGUUAAGCUUUGUCAUUUAAGCCUCUCACUUCCAAGUGAAAUGCACUGCAUUGGACAAACCGAUCAAAUAAACAUAUCAUCUCUCCAAUCUAGUGCCAGUAAAAGAACACUCUUAAUUACAACAGUAUGUUGAGAAACAUAAUCACCAAAUAGCAUUUAAAGUGGUAGCUUAAAUAAGUUCUUUGUGGUUUUUUUUAUAAUGCAUGACAAGCACAGUUUGCAUCUAAUGUAGUCACCCCAUUUCUUGUUGUGCUAUUUCUUUCAUUAAGGUUUUAUUAUAUUUGCAGAAAUUUACUAAAACAUGACUGUUUUUAGGGUUUUCAGAAUACUACCUUCAAACUUCAUUGAAAGUAUCUUAAAGCAGUAAAAAUUGUUUCCAACUCAAUAGUUGAGUUGGAAUAAUAAUCUCUGCACAUACCCAUUUGCCUUAGUUUUCACCCACAAGGUUCAGACAUAUUUCAUUUUCUUAAAAACUAAAAUCCUAGCAAAAGUCAUCAGAUUGACAAAAUUAGGGGAGUUAGGCCUCAGAUUAACACCAAAGUAUUUGAAAACACAUAGCUUAUGGGAUUCUUGUCACCCACUUUCGUCAUCUCUGGAAUAAUUCUUUAAGUUCUCCUUAUUCUUCACCCAUACAUAAAACAAGAUUCUUUUCUCAUGUCCCAAUUAUCAUGCAACCAAUACUUUAUAGAUUUAAGCUAUCUGGAUUCAUUCCUUUAAAACUUCUUCCUGCAGCAAGAGUGGUGGAUGAUUUAGUUUUGUGAUAGCAAUCCUUAGGUUUGUAGUAUAGGCACUGUUAAUAGCAAAAGAAUCUAAUAUAAUUUUCUAUCUGCUAUCUUUCCUUUAAAUAAAAAAAAUGUAUUUUUAUUGAAAACAACUCUAGUUUACUCUGAAAAUAAUGCAAAAAUGUUUUCUUAUUUUUUACAGAAAUAAUCUUCUAGAUGUAAACUUUGUAUCUUUCUAAUUAUCAUCAUGAGUUAACACCUGUCUUUUCUUCCCUCUGGUAAGGUGACUCUCUUCAUUGUCUGACCUUGAGCCCUUCUUGGGGAUAGUAUGAGAACUUCAGGCUAGGGAGGUUAUCUAGAAUCUUUCCAGGUCUGCAUCAUGAAAACUAAAGUGAACUUCCUAUCUUCAUCAGAGAAAGGGGACUCAUUGGUAUACACUUUUCAGCUAAUAAGGUACCAAAAUCAUUUCCACUGGUAUCCUUGGCUCUCACCAUCAGGAAGAAUAAGAAAGAGGGAGAAUGCUACACAUGAGAGCCACUUGUGGUAGAUAAAUUAGGUAGUUCCCCAAUUCCCUAUAAGAACAUCCUUCCUAUUAUAGAUGAUUCUGCCCUCAUAGACCCCACUCCAUUCUUUAGAGCUUCUAUCUUCCAGUUCUUCCCUUCAAAGAUUUCAAAAUCCUAAUUGCCCUGAAGCUCAUUCCUCUUUGUAUACAUGAUCAGAAUUUUCAAAGUAUACCCCAUAAAGAUGUACAAAUAUUUUGUGUUAAUUUUAAAAGAGAUCUGACGUCAUAAACUAUACAAUUCCAUACUUAACAAAACUUUAGUUAGAAAUGAUUGGGCUUAAAGAGGAUGGAACGUAAUUUUAUUAAUCUCUGAAGAUUUCCUUGAUUUAUUUAGUUGUAAAACCUUGAGAAAGUUUUAGGGCAGAAUCACACAACAUCACAUUUUUUUUUUCCAUGAUUUGCUUGACCAAAAAUUUCUCUUUCACAACAUGAAAAUGAUCUUAGGUCCACCCUACAUUUUGGAUGUUUUGUCUCUUUGUCUGAGGAGUUAGAUUUCUAGCCAGGAAUAUGAAGGAGAGACUUUGGGUUUUUCUAUUAAGGUGUUAACACACUAUGAAUGAGAUGUAGAGUUCUACUCAGGGUCAAAAUCAUGUCAAUUUUCAAGCAAAGGAGCAACUAUGGGCAUACUUCCCCUCCCCCGAUUAGUUGAGCUACCUGCCAUCCAUUGACCAACUCAGACCUGAGCAAGAUUCUAGAUUUCUUCCUCCAUAUCUCAUUGGUGGCAGAGGUGUUUAUACCACUGAUGUGACAAACAAAUCCUUCCCUCUUCCAUAGCCUCACUGCUUCCACAUUUGUUCAUGCUCCUAUCAUCUCUCAUGGGGCCCAUUGGAUUUGCUUCAGCAGCUUCUGUGUGCCACCCUUCACAUUCACAUCCUGCUAGAAGAUUUUAAUGGGCAAGCUUCAUUGUUCCGUCUCCUAGUUGUAACUUUCCAUGGCACCUAAGGUUGAUGAAGUCCGAGUCAGCCAUAGGAGUCCCUCACAGUCUGGCUUCUGCCACGCAGCUCUAUAUCGUCUCCCAUCCUCAUCAUUCAUUCCAAUCUCAUGACUUUAUGUUUCCCAACUAUUUCAAACCAGUGCUAUCAAACCCUAGCCAUGAGAAUAUCAUCAUUGCCAUGUAGCACCUGUAUUAUUUUUUGCAUAUUGUUUUUUAAUUGACUGCAUUUCUAACUAAAAUAAAGUCAUUUCAAAUAA